AUGGACUCUGCUAUUGGUGGUUAUGAUGAAGGUUAUUCCACAGACAUUGAUGUAGAAGGCAGUGCAUGUAAUAUGGAAGUAUCUCCUGGCAUGACUAAGUAUUGGCGUCCAAAUUGUGCUAAAAGUUUGAAGCCUCACGUAAGGCAAAAUUUUGUUUCCUUGGAUAGUGCUUUUCGUUUUUAUAAACAAUAUGCUGGCUCCGUGGGUUUUGAUUGUAGGCAGAGCACAACUCGGAAGGGUAGGGAUGGUGUUGUUGUUUUGAAGCAGGUUGUAUGUAGUCGUGAGGGGUUCAAGCAGAGUUCGUCUAGUACUUGUUCUACCACACAAAGCACUGUUGUGAAGAGACGUAGGGUGACAAAUAGGGUUGAGUGUAAGGCUAAAGUGGUGUUUAAGGUCAAUCAUAAUCUUGAUGCUGGCCAUCAACUUUUUGUUGCAAGUUGUGUUCGAGCAAACAUUGGUCCUACUCGGUCGUAUAGGUUGUUUAAGGAGAUUGUUGGUGAGUAUUCUAAUGUUGGGGCUACAACAUUUUGGUUUGAAUACGAUGUUGAUGAGGGUGAUAAGCUUUCAAGGGUUUUCUUCGCGGACGCAGUAUCCAGGAAGAAUUUUUCUUUGUUUGGUGAUGUUGUUUCGUUUGAUGGUACAUACCGUACUAACAAGUAUAAUUUGGUUUUUGUCCCAUUUACUAGCAUUGAUAAUCAUAAGAGAUGUAUCACCUUUGGUUAUGGGUUGCUUACGAAGGAAGACAUAGACUCAUACGUUUGGCUUUUGGAGAGCUUUAAGAAAAUAAUGGGCCAUGAUCCUAUUUGUGUUGUUACAGAUCAAGAUCCAACUAUGAAGGUUGUUGUUGCUCAAGUGUUUGGUGCCUCGAAACAUAGAUUUUGUAUGUGGCAUAUAAUGUGUAAGGUGGGAGAGAAGGUUGGACCAGUUUUAUCAAAAGAUGAGGUGUUUAGGAGGAAGUUGAAUGGUAUUGUUUGGGAUAAUUCACUUGAUCCCAAUGUCUUUGAGUUGCGAUGGAAUCAUAUUAAGGAGGAAUAUGGGUUGGGUGAUAAUGGUUGGUUUCAUUACUUGUUUGAGUCCCGUACAUUUUGGGCACCUCCAUACUUUCAUGAUGAGCUUAUGGCCGGUUUGGUUAGGACCACGUCUAGAUCGGAGUCUCAAAAUAGUUUUUUAGGCAGUUUCUCUAAUGGGCAUUCUAGUUUGGUUGAGUUUCUGGUGCACUAUGACAGUGCUAUUGGUGCACAGCGGCAUGCCCAAGCAAAAUUGAAUGCUGAUUGUGAAGCUUGUUUUCCAGUUUUGAACACACCAUUGGCGUUGGAGCGGCAUGCCAUGGUUGUUUACACAAUUUCUAUAUUUUAUGAUGUUCAAGACGAGAUUUGUUCGGUUUGUUUUUCUUGUCAAGUGGUGUCUUUGACUGAUUUUGAUGGUUGCGUGUCAUAUGUGAUAAAAGAUGAUCGUGGACUUGAGAGUGUUCCUUCUAGGUAUUUGGUGCAUCGGUGGAGAAAGGGUGCAUGUUUGCACCCAAUAUUUCAUAUUGAUGGUGAACUUGUUGAUCAAUCUGCUAAAGUGGAGAAUCUACGACGUGUUAUUAAUGAGCAAAGGCAAAUAUUUCUACAGGAUGGGAGUGAGAAUGGGAAUGGGGUGGCUGUUGGUAGCAAGCAAAGUGUGAUUAAUUCGUUUUGUGGAGAUGUGUCUAUGGGUUCGACAGUGGAUGUGCACGACCCUGUCCAAGCUAAGAACAAGGGUAGUGGUAAGCGCUUAAAGAGUGCAAGGGAGAGAGCUGCAAGAAAGUGUGCAAAGCAAUCAAGGAGAUGCCACACUUGUGAUGAAUAUGGCCAUAAUAGUAGGACAUGCCCUUUAAAUACUUGA